AUGAAUAGUGCUAAAGUAAUCAUGAUUCUAGCAUUAUUUUCAACAAUAAAAGCUACAAUUGGAAGACCAGUAAAUUGUCUUUGCCGUAAUAAUGCUGUUGCUUGUUACACUCGUGGAUGUAGUGUUGGUACUAAUUAUAUUUGUGAUAAUACUAAUUUUGGUGCUGAUCCUUUUGUUUAUUAUGGUGAUCUUUUAUAUUUUUUUGAGGUGUUUACUGGUUUUGUGGGUUGUAAUUGCCCUGAUUAUCCUAAUCGUGCUACUUAUAAUGGUAUUUAUGCUGUUAGUACUGGUAAUCAUGUUCGUUAUAAUUCGAUACCAAUAAAUAAUCUUUUUCAUCAUAUUUAG